AUGGCAGACAUCCUAACCCAGCUCCAAACAUGUCUCGACCAGCUCGCAACUCAGUUUUACGCAACACUGGGCUAUCUCAGUACCUAUCAUGACAACUCCCCAGCCAUUCCCCCGUCUGGCGUCCCCAAUGCCGCGCCCGCCUUAGCCAAGAUUUCCAAAAACACCACCGCACCCCCCGUACCCGCCUCCGUCGCGGGAUCAGCGGCAGCGGCCGCAGCAGCUGGCGGUGCACAAUCACCAGUGCCACCGCCAACCCAGCAACCCGGUACAGAACCAGGGGCAGUUGAAGGUGAAGACCCCAACCUUCCUCCACAGCCAGACUCGCCGCGCACAUUUGCAGCUCGGCAGCGGGAGCUGGCGCGGGAUCUCAUUAUCAAAGAACAGCAGAUUGAGUACCUAAUCUCGGUUCUUCCGGGUAUUGGGGCCUCGGAGGCGGAGCAGGAGGCCAAGAUCCGUGAGCUGGAGACGCAGUUGCGGGAUGUGGAGAAGGAGCGUGUAGCGAAGGCGCAGGAGCUGAAGCUGCUGAGGCGUAGGCUGGAGGAUGUGCUGGAUGCUGUUUCCGUGGGAGUCUACGUGGAUCGGCAGGAGUGUAAUUGA